GAUGCAAUGUUGAUGGGAAAAGGAUGGAGAGGUGGCUCGUCGGAUUACAUAAUUGGUUUGAUGUAGUGCGUGUAUAAAGAUCGAUGGCUAUAAAAGCAGUAAGAUGAAAGAACCGAUCCACAGUAUAAUCUCGGAGUUAACGAGCACUCCACAAUGGUUAGUGAAACAGCAAGGAGUUUUAGAGCCUUGCUAUUGCUUUUAUUUGUCGGUGCCCUUUCGGCAGCGCCGACUAUAGAAGAUGCGGAGAACACUACUUUAUCGACGGAACUCAAGCCUCCUCCUUACCCGCAAAAGGAAGAGGACCAUUACUAUAUGGUGUUCGUUAUAAAUAUUUUUGGCGUGAAAAAUGUUACCGGUGAAACGUCCGAUGAAAUUUUGGAAAACGAUAUCGUUCAUCAUGUCCCGCAAUUAACAGAUCCGUUGGCGACUCUGCUUCUAAUCAUCGACGUCGACGAGAACGAUGAAGAUACGGAUGAAGCGGUGGAUCUGGAUGAAGUUGCGGAAGAUCUGAUUAAGGAUGAGGAGGAUUUCAACGUGGAGAAGAUCAAUUAUGGCGGUGAAACGAAAGUAUUGAGGCUGAAGCUCUCUAAGGAGGAAGGAGAAAGCAUAUUUCCCUCGAAAUCGAAAUUGGAAAAAUUGAAGAAAAUCCGCAACAAGAGGACACUUUGUGUCAAGUGUGGAGGAGGAUCCGGAGGACUUGGAGGUGGAGGAGGAUUUGGUGGUGGAUUCGGUGGUGGAUUCGGUGGUGGAGGAGGCAAGCCUGGAUGUGCAAGUGGUAGUUGUGGUGGUGGUGGCUAUCCUGGUGGAGGAAAUGUUUAUCCUGCUGGUGGUGGCUAUUAUCCUGGUGGAGGAGGUGGUUAUCCUGGCGGUGGUGGCAAAUAUGGAUGUGCAGGUGGUAGUUGUGGUGGUGGUGGCGGCUAUCCCGGUGGAGGAGGCGGUUAUCCAGGGCAUUCAAGAAUAGAUGUUAUACCAGUUAUUGUUGUACCCGUUGCAGGUGGUGGAUAUCCAUCAGGGGGUGGUGGAUAUCCAUCAGGGGGCGGUGGAUAUCCGUCCGGAGGCGGUGGAUAUCCAUCCGGAGGUGGUGGAUAUCCAUCCGGAGGUGGUGGUUGCAGCACAUGUUCCAGUGGCGGAAGUUCAUAUGCUUCGGCAUCGGCAAAUGCAAACGCACAAGCAGGAAGUGGCAAAUGGGGAUACAUAUAAAUAUAAAUUUAAUGGAAUAUAAGAACAACGAAAAUAUUCCACAUUACAUGCUGCC